CCGUCAGGGGGUCGCAGGUGCUGGUCCACGUGGUUUGAGCGGAGACUAAAAAGCAGAGCAGAGAGAAGACGUCAGUGUGAUGCUUGCACAGCCAGCAUGUCUCUCUAUCGCAACCUGGCCUGGUUCCUCAAGGGAAUGACUCAAUACACCAGAAAUGCUUUCCUAUCGGCCUCCAAGCGCUUUGUGGAGAAGGACCUGGAGGUGUCUCUGGCAGGACGAGCCUUCAUGAUAACUGGAGCCAACAGCGGCAUCGGGAAAGCGACGGCCAUGGCUAUUGCAAAGAGAGGUGGAACAGUCCACAUGGUGUGUCGGAACAAGGACAAGGCUGAAGAGGCGAGGGCUGAACUUGUAAAGGAGACAGGAAAUAAAGAGAUCUACGUCCACAUCCUGGACAUGUCAGAGACCAAGAAGGUGUGGGAGUUUGCUGACGCCUUCAAGAGGAAGUACAAGACUCUAAAUGUCCUGAUCAAUAACGCAGGGUCUAUCAUGAGUCAGAGGGAUGUGAACACGGAGGGUCUGGAAAAGAGCUUUGCCACCAACGUCCUUGGGAUUUACAUUCUCACCAAGGGUCUCGUUCCUCUGCUGGAGAAGAGCGCAGACCCCAGAGUGAUUAGCGUGUCAUCAGGGGGCAUGAUGGUGCAGAAGCUCAGGAUAGGGAACCUGCAGUCAGAGAGAGGUCGCUAUGACGGCACCAUGGUCUACGCCCAACACAAGAGGCAGCAGGUGGUGAUGACGGAGCAGCUUGCAAAGAUCCACACGAGCAUCCACUUCUCUGUCAUGCAUCCAGGCUGGGUGGACACUCCUGCUGUGGCGAACGCCAUGCCUGACUUCCAUCGCUCCAUGAAGGACAGCCUGCGAACCCCGGAGCAGGGCGCUGACACCAUAGUGUGGUUGGCCGUGUCCGAGGCCGCCACCGCCAACCCCAGUGGACGCUUUUAUCAGGACCGCAGGAUGGUGGCCACUCACCUGCCAUUGGCCUGGACACACAGUUCCCCUCUGGAGGAGCAGAAACUCAUCUCCGCACUGGACGACUUGGCCAAGAUGUUCCAGCCACACUGAAGAAGACACCGGUGCAUUUUCACCACUCUAACCAGUAACCCAGUAACCAGUGGACAAACAUCUGAAUCCCCCGCCUUAGAAUCAUCACUACUGUAUAACAUAAAGCCGCAUUAAAACACAAAAUGCGUUCUAUAUCGGCGUGUAACAAGGACUAAAACUAUUGAUCAUCUUCUUAUAGAGAGCAUUGCACAGACACAGACAGCAAUUUUUACCCUGACUUUUUCAAAGUUGUCAAUCAGGUGGGAAUCUGAUUGGACCAAAGUCAUGGCCGCUUUUCAAUGAUGCAGGCCAAGCUUCGAGAUCAACCUCCUUGUCGUGUAGUUAACACUUGUUAUUAACAUUUAUGUUGUGUUUUUGUCGUGUUUGUCAUGCAGUGUAGCGGGUUGAUCUGCAGGAGGAGGCCAAGUGUUGUCACCAUGGCAGGGGUGUCCAAAAAGUGACAAAUCAAAGGAUGCGGGUCCAUUUUGAUUAUUAAAAGGCAAUGUAAGGAAUGUAGAUAUGCGAUGAAGUUAUAUAUAAAACAGGCUGCAUCUCAGCUUUGGGUUAUAGGUGACAAAGCGUAUUUUUCUUAUAACGCGUCCUUCAUUUCACUACAAAUGAGUUUCUUGUUGCAGUCCACUUGCAUCGAGUGCAGCAGGUGGGGGCAUUGCCUUCAUUUUCAAAAAUGGCUAAUCCAAUGUAGAUAUGCCAAGGUCAAUAUAAAACAGCUUUGUGUUAUACUAAUAGAAUAUCAAUACUAUUAGUUAUUAGUAGCAACAUUUCAACUUUUCCCACAUUGUUGCUGUUUUUUUGUUUGCUUAAUGGGCCAACAAAAACAAUCUACAGUCCGCACUUUGAACAUCCCUGCUCUAUGGGCUUUGCAAUAAAUCCAUGUAUUUUUUAAUAAUAUCUGUAGUCACUGGGAUUGGAGCUUCCAAAUGCAUUCCCAAAUAAAAUGCUAAAAAUUAAUGACUUGAGUUUUUUCUCCAAUUGUCUUAAAUGACUCA